CCACUGCCCGGCCGGUGGUGUUGCAGUCGUUCGCGACCGGGGAGCCCAGCGGGGUGUUAUGCUGUGUGGCAGGCUAGCCAGCCGGAUCGUCUUGGCCCCACCUGUGGGGCUAUGGCAGUAGCCUCCUCGUCCUCCGCUGCCGAUAGCCCCGCCUAGUCUCCGGCUUCUGCACGCGGGACCCCCACCGCCUCCGCAAGCUAAGAACCGCUGCCGCCUCCGAGUUCUGAGGGCUACUAUGCUCCCUCUUUGCUGCCGCCUGCCCCUCCCGCCAGCGCAGGCACCCUCAGCCCCGCCUCAGUGUCAAACUGGAAGAGAAGUGAAACUCAACAAAAUUUUUAUGUGUGGAGUUCCUUCUUAAAAGAAACAAGUAAUUAUUGAGACUAUGGAUCGGAGCAAACGGAAUUCCAUUGCAGGAUUUCCUCCACGUGGAGAGCGUCUUGAAGAUUUUGAAGGAAGUGGUGGAGGAGAUGGGAAUGUGAUCCAGAUGGGAAGAGUUUGGCCAUCUUCGUAUCGAGCUCUUAUAAGUGCCUUUUCCAGACUGACGCGUUUAGAUGAUUUCACCUGUGAAAAAAUAGGGUCUGGCUUUUUCUCUGAAGUAUUCAAGGUGCGCCACCGAGCUUCUGGUCAGGUGAUGGCUCUUAAGAUGAACACGCUGAGCAGUAACCGGGCAAACAUGCUGAAAGAAGUGCAGCUCAUGAAUAGAUUGUCCCAUCCCAACAUCCUCAGGUUCAUGGGUGUGUGUGUACAUCAAGGACAAUUGCAUGCACUUACAGAGAACUGCCUGAUAAAGAGGGAUGAGAAUGGUUACUCUGCAGUGGUAGCUGACUUUGGCCUGGCUGAGAAGAUCCCUGAUGUCAGCACUGGGAGUGAAAAGCUGGCUGUGGUGGGUUCACCCUUCUGGAUGGCUCCCGAGGUUCUCCGAGAUGAGCCCUACAAUGAGAAGGCGGAUGUGUUCUCUUACGGUAUCAUCCUCUGUGAGAUCAUUGCCCGCAUCCAGGCUGAUCCGGACUAUCUUCCUCGCACAGAGAACUUUGGGCUGGACUAUGAUGCCUUUCAACACAUGGUGGGAGACUGUCCCCCACACUUUCUGCAGCUCACCUUCAACUGCUGUAAUAUGGAUCCCAAACUACGCCCAUCCUUUGUGGAGAUCGGGAAGACCCUGGAGGAAAUUCUAAGUCACCUACAGGAGGAAGAGCUGGAGAGGGACAGGAAGCUGCAGCCCACAACCAAGGGACUCUUGGAGAAAGGACCUGGGGUGAAGCGACUGAGCUCACUGGAUGACAAGAUCCCUCCCAAGUCCCCAUGCCCAAGACGUACUAUCUGGCUGUCUCGAAGCCAGUCAGACAUUUUCUCCUGUAAGCCUCCACGUACAGUGAAUGUCUUGGACCCCUACUACAGGCCACAGCGAAGUGGUGCUGUGCGCACCCCCAAGAUCAACCCUUUCAGUGCUCGCCAGGACCUUAAAGGUGGCAAGAUCAAGUUCUUUGACCUGCCCAGCAAGUCUGUCAUUUCCCUGGUAUUUGACCUGGAUGCACCAGGGCCUGGAACUAUGCCCAUGGCUGAUUGGCAGGAGCCCCUGGCCCCACUUCCUCGCCGGUGGCGUUCUUUGCCUGGUUCACCAGAGUUCUUGCAUCAAGAGGCCUGUCCGUUUGUGGGCCAAGAAUCACUAUCUGAUGGGCCCCCACCACGCCUCAGUAGUCUCAAGUACAGAGUAAGAGAGAUCCCACCAUUCCGAACAUCUGCCCUAUCAGCUGCUCUAGCCCAGGAGGCCAUGGACUGCUCCAGUUCCCAGGAAGAAAACGGUUUUGGGCCAAGGCCCCAGGGGUCCAGUCCAUGCCUUGCAGGUGCCUCAGAGGAGAUGGAGGUAGAAGAAGAAAGGCUGAGAGGCUUGGCUUCAUUCCCCUUCUCUGUCUCAGGCACAGGCCUGAAAACCCAGGGAGAGCAGGAUGGGUGAAGAGGUUAAUCCCUACCUUAUCUUGGGGAUGGACCUUCAGCUGAAGCCACAGGGCCCCCCUGGUGCACAGCCUUGACUCUUUAGGGACCCACAGAGCAGGCAGACUAGGCCAAGCCAGGCUUAACUUUGGGGCUCCCAGUGCCAACUGGCUUUGUGUAAGAGGGGAGGCAGCAUUGAGAGGCCUUCCUAGUUAGGGCCAACAGCUGAUACCAAGCCUCUGAAAUCUAGCAAGGAGCUCUGGCUCCCACCUGACCCCCCAGUGCACUUCCCGACAGGAUCAGAGGACUCCUAAUGCUACUUUGAGCUGGUAAGCAGCUAAUACCCCAGGUGUAUCUCUUGCCCUUCCCUGGGGCAUAUAAGCUACUGGAUAGAACUUGGAGCUGACCAGGUAGCCAUGGCUAUUUCUCAGACCUGAAGACUGGGCGCUUCUUGCCAGUAUGUCUAAGACACUUGAAUAAUUGCUGUUUGCACUUACUACACGGUCAGACCACGUCACUACAUUUCUAUGCAAGGGGAGGGCAAGGCUGUGUGGUGGUCAAGGCUCUUAUCUAACCUAUUCAGAGAUCUUUAGCAGUUGAUUAAUCUAUUUUCGUAUUUAUGAAGGAGUCUUAGUGUUCUGCCCUAUAAGACUUUCAACCUUGUGGUUGGGAGUGGGGCUGGUUUUGUAGCCCCUAGGGCCUGCUCUAUGUAUUGGUCAACACACGAUUGGUUAAAUGGUUUAUACAUGCACUGAUUUUCUUCCCUUCCUGCUAUGGCUGGAGCUAUGGGAACUGUCUGUCCUUACAGAGUCGCAAUAAGAAAUAACCAAAGAUGAGGCUUGUCAAGUAUUUUCAUAACUUGUUUCUGUUGAUUUUUUUGGUACAACUUUCCCAAGACACUUUCAGAUUUAAAAAUAAAUAAAGUUGGUGUUACAGGUGCUGGU